AUGCUUGGUCGACUAGAGAUGGAUGUGGAUGCAUGCAUCUACGCCUACACUGAAUUGAUCAAGGUGGUAUUCAAAGAGAAGAGACACCGAGCACCCUUUAGCUGGAAAGGACGUGUUCAGGCACGAUUCGACAGUGCAAAACUGAGGGCGGCAAUUGAAGAGGUGAUCAGGUCCCAGGGUUACGACCCGAACGAAAAGUUCAAUGAUGAGGAAACUUGUGGAUGUAGAGUUUUCAUGUGCACUGCGUCAAAGGAGCUGUACGGUAUUACACCCUUGCGAAGUUAUGAUCUCCAUGAGAAGAAGCCUGUCGUAUCUGCUACGAUCUACGAAGCCGCAUUGGCUACGUCGCCUGCCACCGUCUUCUUUGACCCCGUCUCGAUUGGGACACGACACUUUGAGGACGGUGCAUUAGGGGCUAGUAACCCUGUCGAAAAGGUGCAAGGUGAAGCAUCUGAUAUUUAG